CCGUGCUGAGGGAUGAAUGAUCGGGGGGUGAAAAAGAUGCCCGAUCGUUAACGGAGCCUGUGGGGUUCCUGGGCACCCCCACAGUAAGUGUCUCUUACCACGUUAAUGCGGAGCUCUGGCGUGGCGGACCUAUUUUCUCGCGCAACUCGUGGGUCUUAAUAUGAGUCUUUUUAGAAACAACAAUAAGAAAGUAUGCGAUGAGGAGGCGGAAGCGAUUACGGCGCUGAACCCCUUUGCCAAAGGGGGUCUGGCGAGGUCUCCCCCGACAGGGGCUGACAAUGGUGCGAAGGUGGCUGCAAAUAACAGCACCGAAGGCGAAAUGGUUGUGGUAGGAGCACGCUACUAGCACGCUUGGCGGACCACUACCUGCAAUGCAGGAAGUGGUCAAGCAGCUGGAUAGUAUUAUGGAAUUCACAAGCGGGAAGAAUAACAUCAGCAAGGAACUUAAACAGAACCUGCUGGUGCUUCGUCAGGCUGUUCGAGUCGCAAGACAAGAACAAGUAGCCUACAUGGAGAGGUUGCCGGAAAGAGAGAAGGCCGAUCGCGGUAUCCAAACCGAGGCCUUCUCCUUCCACGGCGGAGCGACGAUGGCGCAGGAGGCGAUAGAUUUCGCUUUAUCGGCCACCAAACGCUUGACGGAGGGUGAGACUGCGAAGCGGUCUAGGCCUAAUGUAGGCACGCGGAGCAAUGCCAAACGACGUGCAACCAAUAAGGCCAAACGUCGUUUGGGAGGGCGGCGACCCGAGAAGGCGACUUCUCAGCCUAAAAAGGCGAAAGUCGCCAAUCGGGCGCAUAAAGCGGAGCGACCUGGCACCAGCCAGCCGGCGCCAUCGGCAGAAGAUGGUGAAUGGCAGGUGGUCAGUCGGAAGCGGAAUCCGGGGGCACCUAGACCCGCGAAGAAGAAGGCGAGGGACAGAGGAGAGGCCCUGCUGGUGAAAACCAACGGGGGUAGUUACGCGGAGGUCCUAAAAUCAAUGCGGGCGGCCGAAAGCCUCUCGAAUUUAGGACAGGAUGUGCGAAGCGUCAGACGCACCAAAGAUGGCGAAAUGAUCUUGGUGCUGAAGCGUGAUGCACAAUCCAGCGGACUAACGUACAGGAGGUUGGCCAAAGAGGUCUUGGGAAACGGCGCUCAGGUGAGGUCGUUGGGAGCGGAAGUGACUCUCUAGUGUAAGCAACUGGACGAGAUCACAAACGCAGAGGACGUCGUCUCGGCCGUUAAGCAGCAGUGCGGUGUUGAGAUCGAUCAGAACUCUGUACGUAUCAGGGAGCGGUUGCUUGGCACGCAGGUAGCUUACUUCAAGCUACCGGCCGCGGAAGCCAAAAAAGUAACUGAUAAAGGGAAGUUGAAGAUCGGCAUCCUGGAAGACGAAGAAUGUUUCGAAUAUUCGUAUGUCCCCGCUUCGACGUCGAAAGAGGUGCUAUGCUAGACGUCUGUGGCUUGGACACAACCCCUGAUACCCUUGUACAGGGGAUGUACCAAGCGGUAGAGCAGUGGAACGCAGUUUCGACUGCUACCACUCAGAUUGCCUGCAGGCUGCAGAGAGCAUGGAGCGCCGAGCAGCAGGCGAGGAGUAUGACUGACUUGGGUUUGGUUAGUUAGAGCGGAAUGGGUUAUGUGCGGAGAAAUGAAUGAAUGGUUUGCUAAUGCUGAGGCAAGGGUGGCACAGCGGUUGCAACCGCGAUAGCCACGCCGAUGCAUGGCGGUAGAGCGAGCGAAUUGGCGGAUGAUAGACGGAGGUAUGGUCUGUCCAUGCCGAGAUGGGAGGGUCGUAACGUAGAGUAUAUUGCCGGUACCUAUCGCUACAGACACCUCGAGGCGUGGCAGAGGAAUGUAUGGCGUGAGUGAGUGCGAAUGUAAGGCACGAGUGAGAGCGUACACCCGUGUGGUAGCUUGGCAACUACCAAUAGCACGUGUACUGGGUUAGGACGUAAUCGUCUUCUCCAUUGUUAAAAAAAAGGACGGCAAUCAGGACACUGCGAGCAAGCAGCCUGGGCGGAUGCAGUCAGCCACGGGCGGCGAUCAGGACACUGCGAGCAAGCAGCCUGGGCGGAUUCAGUCAGCCACGGGCGGCAAUCAGGAGAUUGCGAGCAAGCAGCCUGGGCGGAUUCAGUCAGCCACGGGCGGCAAUCAGGAGAUUGUGAGCAAGCAGCCUGGGCGGAUGCGGUCAGCCACGGGCGGCAGUCAGAACACUGGGUGCAAGCAGCCUGCGCGGGACGCAACGAACAAGCUACUCCGGGGAAAUCAGCCAGCUACCGAAGGCUGUCAGGACAAUGAGUGCAAGCAGCCUGAGUGAAUACGUCCAGCAACUGAGGGCAGUCGGAUGCGGCCACCCCUAGAGGACUCUCGGGGUACAGUGAGCAAGCAGCGAGCCAUAGACGGCGCUCGGGAUGCGACAAACCAGCUACCGAAACGGAUGCGCUUGGGAUCGGAUUCUCAGUCAGACCUGGGUGUUUUAAAUGACACACAGGGACCGCCUACUUCGGUUCACGACAAUGGCGCAGUUGAACAUACCAAUUAGCGGUUCCGGUGGAAAUAGACGGAUACCGUUUUGUUGAUCUGGGUCCGUAGUUAUAAACGGAAACCAAGUGAUUUGAUAAAUUAAUUUGAUCAUAAUGUAUACGGUCCCGGUAUAAAUAGACGGACACCGUUAAAUUGAUCUGAUUGCUGUUAGAAAUACACAGCAAUAUAUUUUACGGUAUUAUCUAAUUGAUUUGGUUCCGGUAGGAAUAGACGGAAACCACCAGAUCAGACAUUUGGGUUUUGUUAGUAAUCAAUCUGAAAUGUCGAAUAAGCUUGAAUAUAAUGAGUUACUGCAACGUUUUUUUUUCUUUCCGAUUUGCAGAAAAUCAGCUAAGAAGAUAAUGAAAGAGCUGAAAGCGGCUUUAGAACUGAACAACUCUCUUCGGGAACAAGUUGCACUGCUGCAGACCGAUCCAUUUCUGAGCACUAGAAUAGAUUCUCCAUGCUCAAGUACCAUGCAUCAAGAUUUUGGGAAAACGAGAAACGAUUCAUUAUUGUUGUCCACAAUGAGCAGUUGGACACUUGGUACUAUCCCCAUUGUCUAACGCCAUAGAACGGCUAGAUGAUUAUUUUAGCUAUCGCACAUACAUCUUAGCUCAGAGGGGCAAGCUGAUGAACAUGUGCCAACAACAGAUAGAAAGUAGCAUUCAGUUUGUGCGGAGAGUUGCAAGUGCUGCCAAGCUGUGCAAUUACAGAGAUAACGACGAAAUGGAGGCCGUAGUAAGAGUUGUCACCAAGGGAGCAUCGGAUAGCCGUAUUAGAGUGUUGGCCCAUAGGAAUUGGUUGAAGCAAGGUUCCAUGAAGGAUCUAAUAGAUUUAGUUCGUGACAGAGAAUUGGAAAAAGCGAACGAAGAAGAAUUUCAUGUAUGUGGGAAAAUGGGACACAUUGCCCGUGUCUGCGCAUCACCCGAUUUGGAAGGGCGUAGUGGAUUGAAGGAAGAGGAUUCAGAGAGGAAAUUAGCUGCCAUAGAAGAUAGAAAGGACACGGGGACAUGUUUGGAGGAACACAAUGAAAAUGAAAAAUCUGUGUGAAUAUAUUUCAAUCAUUUUUAUGUACUCAUAUCAAAUGAAUUUUCAAUAAAACUGGUUUUUGAAAUCAAAACUUGCUUAAUCUUUAAAUGUGCAAAUUUUCCAAAAAAAAGCACUAGAACAGAUUCUCCAUGCUCAAGUACCAUGCAUCAAGAUUUUGGGAAAACGAGAAACGAUUCAUUAUUGUUGUCCACAAUGAGCAGUUGGACACUUGGUACUAUCCCCAUUGUCUAACGCCAUAGAACGGCUAGAUGAUUAUUUUAGCUAUCGCACAUACAUCUUAGCUCAGAGGGGCAAGCUGAUGAACAUGUGCCAACAACAGAUAGAAAGUAGCAUUCAGUUUGUGCGGAGAGUUGCAAGUGCUGCCAAGCUGUGCAAUUACAGAGAUAACGACGAAAUGGAGGCCGUAGUAAGAGUUGUCACCAAGGGAGCAUCGGAUAGCCGUAUUAGAGUGUUGGCCCAUAGGAAUUGGUUGAAGCAAGGUUCCAUGAAGGAUCUAAUAGAUUUAGUUCGUGACAGAGAAUUGGAAAAAGCGAACAAGGAAGAAUUUCAGAGAAAUUAUGGCCAUUCCGAUGUGGCAAAGGUAGCUGCGGUUAAUCAGUUUCCGUUUUAUGAGCAGGAGCGGAACUAUGGAAACAAUCGCUUCAGUUCCCCAGGAACCAGACAUUUUGGCGGUCAAAGAGUUGUCACCAAGGGAGCAUCGGAUAGCCGUUUAGAGUGUUGGCCCAUAGGAAUUGGGUGAAGCAAGGUUCCGUGAAGGAUCUAAUCGAUUUAGUUCGUGACAGAGAAUUGGAAAAAGCGAACGAAGAAGAAUUUCAGAGAAAUUAUGGCCAUUCCGAUGUGGCAGAGCUAGCUGCGAUUAAUCAGUUUCCGUUUUAUGGGCAGGAGCGAAACUAUGGAAACAAUCGCUUCAGUUCCCCAGUAACCAGACAUUUUGGCGGUCAAAGAGGUAUGAGAGGAAGAGGAAGAGGCUCUACGAGGCGUUGGUCAAAUCCACCUUAUAAAAAAUCCGGAUCAACUAACAAUUGUUGAAAAUGCGGAAGUAUUUUCCAUCUUCCAAAUCAGUGCCAUGCGAUUCAGAAAGUGUGUCCUGUAUGUGGGAAAAUGGGACACAUUGCCCGUGUCUGCGCAUCACCCAAUUUGGAAGGGCGUAGUGAAUUGAAGGAAGAGGAUUCAGAGAGGAAAUUAGCUGCCAUAGAAGAUAGAAAGGACACGGAGACAUGUUUGGAGGCAAUUCGGGAUCGAUAAGUCCAGCUGUUGUAAAAAAUGUUAGUUUGGUGCAAGGCGGAUCUCAAACAUACACGUCCAUUGAUAUAUCCGAUGCAAUACAUUAUAGGGAGAGUGCAAUAACGACACAGAGAGAUGCGUACAUUGAUGCCAAAAUCGCUGAUACCAAAGUUGAGUUAUUCAUCGACUCAGGAGCCCAAGUCAAUACGAUCACUAAGGUGUUAUUCGAGGACAUUUUAAGUAAUGUUGGUAACAGGAACAAAUUAUAUGAUUUGAGAUACUCAACGGACAAGCAGCUAAAAGCAUAAACUUCUGACUGUUCAAUUAAGGUGAUUGCUAUAUUUUCAGCACAAUUGAUCAUUUCAAAGGACAGGCCAGUAACCAUUGAGCAAUUCUACGUUGCAGGCGAAUCUAGAUCCUUGUUGGGAUUUAAUACAGCAAUAAGAUACAGUGUUCUAGCUAUUGGAUUAUUUAUUCAGAAAUUGCGCGAUAUAUUCAACACAACGGUAUCAUCACCAUCAAUGUCAAAUGAGACGACGUCCCCAUUGUCUAACGCCAUAGAACGGCUAGAUGAUUAUUGUAGCUAUCGCACAUAUAUCUUAGCUCAGAGGGGCAAGCUGAUGAACAUGUGCCAACAACAGAUAGAAAGUAGCAUUCAGUUUGUGCGGAGAGUUGCAAGUGCUGCCAAGCUGUGCAAUUACAGAGAUGACGAGGAAAUAGAGGCCGUAGUAACAGUUGUCACCAAGGGAGCAUCGGAUAGCCGUUUAGAGUGUUGGCCCAUAUGAAUUGGGUGAAGCAAGGUUCCAUGAAGGAUCUAAUCGAUUUAGUUCGUGACAGAGAAUUGGAAAAAGCGAACGAAGAAGAAUUUCAGAAAAAUUAUGGCCAUUCCGAUGUGGCAAAGGUAGCUGCGAUUAAUCAGUUUCCGCUUUAUGGGCAGGAGCGGAACUAUGGAAACAAUCGCUUCAGUUCCCCAGGAACCAGACAUUUUGGCGGUCAAAGAGGUAUGAGAAGAAGAGGAAGGUGCUCUACGAGGGGUUGGUCAAAUCCACCUUAUAAAAAAUCCGGAUCAACUAACAAUUGUUGGAAAUGUGGAAGUAUUUUCCAUCUUCCAAAUCAGUACCAUGCGAUUCAGAAAGUGUGUCGUGUAUGUGGGAAAAUGGGACACAUUGCCCGUGUCUGCGCAUCACCCGAUUUGGAAGGGCGUAGUGGAUUGAAGGAAGAGGAUUCAGAGAGGAAAUUAGCUGCCAUAGAAGAUAGAAAGGACACGGAGACAUGUUUGGAGGCAAUUCGGGAUCGAUAAGUCCAGCUGUUGUAAAAAAUGUUAGUUUGGUGCAAGGCGGAUCUCAAACGUACACGUCCAUUGAUAUAUCCGAUGCAAUACAUUUUAGGGAGAGUGCAAUAACGACAGAGACAGAUGCGUACAUUGAUGCCAAAAUCGCUGAUAACAAAGUUGAGUUAUUCAUCGACUCAGGAGCCCAAGUCAAUACGAUCACUAAGGUGUCAUUCGAAGACAUUUUAAGUAAUGUUGGUAACAGGAACAAAUUAUAUGAUUUGAGAUACUCAACGGACAAGCAGCUAAAAGCAUAUGCUUCUGACUGUUCAAUUAAGGUGAUUGCUAUAUUUUCAGCACAAUUGUUCAUUUCAAAGGACAGGCCAGUGACCAUUGAGCAAUUCUACGUUAUAGACGAAUCGAGAUCCUUGUUGGGAUUUAAUACAGCAAUAAGAUAUAAUGUUCUAGCUAUUGGAUUACAUGUCCCUAUUAAUUAUUCAUAUACGAAUUCUUGAAAAAUGACGCAUUGAAAACCAUCACGACGUUGGGUUACUUCAAUAGAGCGGAUCGAACAGAGCUCUUCGUGGACGCUUCUCCUCACGGAUUGGGUGCCGUGAUGAUGCAGUUUAAUAAUGAUUCAGAAUCAAGAACCAUUGGUUGUGCAUCAAAAACUCUAUCUCCUACGGAACAAAAGUAUCCCCAAACACAAAGAGAAGCUCUGGCUAUGGUUUGGAGAGUCGAAAGAUUUUCUAUGUACCUGAUGGGCGUUAAUUUCACCAUUCGAACUGACGCAGAGUCAAAUGAAUUUAUCUUUGGAGGUUUGCACAGACUUGGGAAAAGAGCUGUAUCUAGAGCAGAAGCAUGGGCGUUGAGGCUGCAGCCUUAUCAAUUCGAUGUGAAACGAGUAACAGGAGAAAAUAAUAUUGCAGGCGUACUUUCGAGGCUUGUGGCUCAAUCGGAAACAGCUAAAUCAUUCGAUGAUACAAAUGAUAAGCAUUUGCUUUAUUUUUUGAAUGUAGGUGAAUUGGAAAUCACUUGGGACGAAAUCGAAAUUCAUGCCCAAAAUGACGAAGAACUAAAUGCAGUAAGAUUGGCUGUUGAAACCGGAGUUUGGCUGAGCGACAAUGGCCCACCGUUCCAGAGCGAUAAGUUCGUGAAAACCUGGGAACAAAAAGGAAUCACUAUUCGAAAAUCAAUUCCUCUAAGCCCGCAGUCCAACGGGGCUGUAGAGCGGCAGAACGAGGGAGUCAAAAAAGCACUAGCGGCUUCCAAAUUAGACAACAUUAAUUGGAGGAUGGCAUUAGAAAAAUAUAUUCACGUGCAUAAUAAGGUCAGUCCUCUAUCACGGCUUGGUAUUACGCCAUUUGAGCUUUUAGUGGGGUGGAAAUACAGAGACACGUUUCCUUGCAUUUGGUCAGCAUAUCCUACAAUAACUCUGGAUCGUGAAAACAUUAAAGAGAAAGAUGCUUACUCCAAGCAGGAGAGCAAGCAAUAUGUGGAUCUAAAACGAGGUGCCAAAUUUUCAGACCUAAAGUUGUGUUUAAAAAGUUGAAGUCAGACCCAACUUUCGGUAGCGAAAAGUUUGUGAUUGUAGCAAGAGACGGCGCAAAAAUAGAUGAAUUUUAAUUAGCGGUUCCGGUGGAAAUAGACGGAUACCGUUUUGUUAAUCUGGGUCCGUAGUUUUAGACGGAAACCAAGUGAUUUGAUAAAUUAAUUUGAUCAUAAACGGUCCCGGUAGAAAUAGACGGACACCGUUAAAUUGAUCUGAUUGCUGUUAGAAAUACACAGCAAUAUAUUUAACGGUAUUAUCUAAUUGAUUUGGUUCCGGUAGGAAUAGACGGAAACCACCAGAUCAGACAUACGAUUUCAGAUUGACAAAACAUUGAUUAAGGGUUUUGUUAGUAAUCAAUCUGAAAUGUCGAAUAAGCUUGAAUAUAUUGAGUUACUGCAACGUUUUUUUUCUUUCCGAUUUGCAGAAAAUCAGCUAAGAAGAUAAUGAAAGAGCUGAAAGCGACUUUAGAACUGAACAACUCUCUUCGGGAACAAGUUGCACUGCUGCAGACCGAUCCAUUUCUGAGCACUAGAACAGAUUCUCCAUGCUCAAGUACCAUGCAUCAAGAUUUUGGGGAAACGAGAAACGAUUCAUUAUUGUUGUCCACAAUGAGCAGUUGGACACUUGGUACUAUCAACAUUCCCGAGUGUGCCCCCACAGAUGGAGAGACCGAAAUUGACAAGAGAGCGUACGAAUAUUGGAAAGAUAUUUUCUACGCAUCAGUGGAACUUGUUAAUAAUGCAGAUGAAAAAACCUUGUUUGGUUUAUUCAGAAAUUGCGCGAUAUAUUCAACACAACGGUAUCAUCACCAUCAAUGUCAAAUGAGACGACGUCCCCAUUGUCUAACACCAUAGAACCGCUAGAUGAUUAUUUUAGCUAUCGCACGUAUAUCUUAGCUCAGAGGGGCAAGCUGAUGAACAUGUGCCAACAACAGAUAGAAAGUAGCAUUCAGUUUGUGCGGAGAGUUGCAAGUGCUGCCAAGUUGUGCAAUUACAGAGAUGACGAGGAAAUGGAGGCCGUAGUAAGAGUUGUCACCAAGGGAGCAUCGGAUAGCCGUUUAGAGUGUUGGCCCAUAUGAAUUGGGUGAAGCAAGGUUCCGUGAAGGAUCUAAUCGAUUUAGUUCGUGACAGAGAAUUGGAAAAAGCGAACGAAGAAGAAUUUCAGAGAAAUUAUGGCCAUUCCGAUGUGGCAAAGGUAGCUGCGGUUAAUCAGUUUCCGUUUUAUGGGCAGAAGCGGAACUAUGCAAACAAUCGCUUCAGUUCCCCAGGAACCAGACAUUUUGGCGGUCAAAGAGGUAUGAGAGGAAGAGGAAGAGGCUCUACGAGGCGUUGGUCAAAUCCACCUUAUAAAAAAUCCGGAUCAACUAACAAUUGUUGGAAAUGUGGAAAUAUUUUCCAUCUUCCAAAUCAGUGCCAUGCGAUUCAGAAAGUGUGUCGUGUAUGUGGGAAAAUGGGACACAUUGCCCGUGUCUGCGCAUCACCCGAUUUGGAAGGGCGUAGUGGAUUGAAGGAAGAGGAUUCAGAGAGGAAAUUAACUGCCAUAGAAGAUAGAAAGGACACGGAGACAUGUUUGGAGGUACACAAUGAAAAUGAAAAAUCUGUGUGAAUAUAUUUCAAUGAUUUUUAUGUACUCAUAUCAAAUGAAUUUUCAAUAAAACUGGUUUUUGAAAUCAAAACUUGCUUAAUCUUUAA